AAUUAUUUUGUUACUGCCUCUCGUCAUUUGCAUGUCUACACAUUCGUUAUGAAAAACGAAAUUUUAUUGACAUUUAUCAAAAAUGCGAGGUGUAAAUUAAUGAACCACUUUACAGCGAGGACAAGAAACUUAGCACUUUGUUAGCAACCUCUACAACCAGUAUCAUUCCAGUACAAGUUAUUUCAUUUGUCCGUUUUGUCUGAGUGUCAGUUAACCUAUUAUCUCACCUUGUUGUCAUGGUUACCUCGUUUGGUAAGAUUGUCUUAACAGUGGCUGCCUGGAUCUCAGGGUGUCGCGGGAAAAGUUUGACGUGACUGAAGGCAUCUUAUCUACUAAGAUGUGAGCAUGCGCAAGGAAUAUUGCUUAGUUUCACUUAUAUUGAUGGUCGGAAGCCUCUCUAAAAAAACCAAUGAUGCAGUGAAAAAAAAGAAUGAUAAAAUCUUCUUCCUCGCCUCUUAUAAAGAUAGCCAUUUCAUCUAUCAAUUACGAAAUUAUUGAUGGUUAUCUUCUUAUUUAAUGUGCCUGCUCACCGUAUACGUUAUUCAUCAAGCUGAGCGACAGUUUAGAGGAAAAAAAUGCGAUUGACCUACAUUUUGGCAUUACAAGAGUUUGCAGACCCUGGUUUGGAUGUCUUAGCUGGGAUUUAACACACUUAUACGAGGGGGGCUCAUCACAGAGUUUGUCCCUGUUCGCCUUAUAGGAUUAUACAAGACAAAAAGAAUACCAGGGAAAAAUUUUCUCUAUGGUUCGAGGGCUUGCGGAAAUACCUCUAAAAACAGUGAACUGUAAUUAAUCUCGAGCUGCAAUUGACUAUCACAAACAUUACGUCAUAAGAUAUUGCUCACAGAGUUUAUUCAGUUCAAACACUUUCAGAUGAAAUUCUAACUAUAAUUCGAACAACUCUCAUUCAACACACGCCCUGUAUAAAUUGUCUUUCCUCUGGUCAACCUGUUCCUACUUUCGAGAAAAAAGGAAAUUUGCUUAAUUUCCAUGACACGAUAGUUAUUUGUAUUUUCACUUAUUUUUAUCUUGUUAUCCCCUUUAGGUACUAAAUUCACGCAGUUCAUUGUUAUGAGCAUUAAAGAAGUGAGUGCAAAUCACACAAUAGGCUUUUGUCUUACAUAAAGGUGAAUUAGUGUCUUCAAUGCUAAUUCGCUAUGAAAAUAUUGGACAAGCUAACAUUACUUUCAGACUCUAUUGUCACCAUGGUUGACCAUGACGCGAAAGCGAAUUUUAAUUCAUUCUCUAAAGAUUUAAUACAAAGGAAGUAAGUCUCUAUGGAGUAUGUCCGAUUAACCCCUUCGUUGAAAACAAAUUGAGCAAAUAUGAAUUGUAUUUGCUUGUUUUGCUAACGGUUUCUAUAGCGCUGCAAUACAGCACGACAAGAAAUCAAACGUAACCUCACCAUGUUGCUGGAAGCAGUUUCAAGAGGCAGGCUGUACCAAGUCAAAUUCUUACUUGAAUCAUUUACUGAGGACGUGAACAAAGUGGAUGAAAAUCGUCAAACUGCGCUGAUGAAAGCAAUUUUUCUUCCCGACACAAUGCACCGCACGCGUUACAAAAUCGUGAAGAUUCUACUCGACCACAAAGCGCGCGUCAACGUUGUAGACAGAGAAGGAAGAACGGCGUUGAUGUGGGCUUGUAUUCGCGGACAGGAAAACGUGGUCAGAAAGAUCCUCGAUGUUUCAAUUUUAGAUCUGGAUUUGAACGGAGGAGACAAGUACGGCAACACAGCAUUGUUCUACGCCGCAGCGAGUGGUCAAGUGAAUACCGUCAAAAGACUUGUGACAGCGUUAAAACGAUUUGGACUGGAUAUCGAUAAAAAGAACGCGCAGGGAAUGACACCGAUAUUGGAGGCCACUAAACGUGGGCAUGAUGAAUGCGCACAAGUGCUGAUGACCGAAGGUAAAGCUUCUCUAACAAUUAGAGAUCCUGAAACGUUUCUAAACACCAAAGAAUGGGCUGAAAAGCGUUCUUUGACGAACUUAUCGGAACUGAUUGCACGAAGAAGCCCCUCGCCGCAACUUGCGGUACAGAACGUUGAGAACGAUCCGGAGCUCGACGAUCAGAUCUCAUCGGCCUCAGAUUUGGAAAAUAAGAACACUCAGAGAAACCUUGCUAAUGAGAGCGGUAACGCUAAUGAACAAGCAGCACCUUCGCCACAACAAAGACGAGGCUCAGUGUCGGAUAAAAAGAUGAAAGGGCCAACGGACACGCUUCCUUCGUCACGGCAGGGCCGAAGUACACCACUGAUGGCAGAAAAUAAAAAAGAGGGAUCCGUUUCCCCAAGGAGUUCCACCACAACUGUAUCUUUAACUAGAAGAAAAAGUGAACUCUUUGAAAAGACUAAAAUUGGAGCGGCUGCCAUUACGGCAAAAUCAGAAAUGUGUCGGCUUCUAAGCUUGUAUGGUAUUCAACACUCUGAGUCCUACAGGCAGAGUUUCGACCCGAUACUUCUACCUCCGAGUGGAUACUGGCCAGAUCCACUGGCUCAUCUCAGAGACAACACUUCAUCCGUAGCGGAUGACGAUUUAGAGUCGAAUUUUUUAGAUGUCCUCCGACCACGCGGAUCAGGUCGUCGGAGAUCUUCGGCUUUUCCCGGAGCCCCUGACAUGGGUCGUCGUGGGAGCAGUGUCGCCGGUCGAAGAGGGUCGAUGAUGCCCAACGGAUCCGGUAUGGGAAUGGGAAAGAGAGGUUCUAUUGCUCCAUCAUCGAUGUCGAUAGGGGGAGGUAAAAACUUUCUGGAGGCUCCAGGACUUCUAACGUCGCGAAGAACGACGCUAUCUGCAAACAAUACAAGGGGGACGACAUCACUCAGCCCUUUCGACAGGAGGGGCUCACUUAUGCCGAGAGGAAGUGAACAGACGAGACCGACGCUCCCUCGUCGGAUAACUACGCACAUAGCAGUUGGAUUAGGACACAUACAGGAGAGCUAGAACUGAUUUGAAAAAAAUAGUCCUUGAAAGAACUGCGAAUGAUCAACAAAAAUUAAAAUCGAUGUUAACUAUUCAGUGAUGUCCUCUCAAGAAAAAAAAUCCGAGUCAAUCAAGUCACGUUUUUUUUAACCGAAUGGCUUAUUUCCACUGUGUUGUUCAAGAAUUACUCAUGUGGAUCGCAGUUUCCAUUAAAAAUUGUACAGUAAUCCUGAAAAGAUUAUUGCUUUUGUUAAAACAUUCUA